UUUUAUUAAUUUUUUAUUGUUUUUUAUUAAUUUUCUUAUUUUUUCCUUUGUUUUCUUUUAUUUUUUAAUUUUAGAAAAUGUCUACAGAAAUAGAAAAGGAUUUAGAACGUUGGGAGGAUGUCCGUCGAUUUACUGAGAUUGGCUCUUCUAAAUUUGCCCAUCCAGCUUUUGUUCCAGGCCCGGAGAAUCUUGAAAGAGUAAGGAAAUGUCCAGUUUUGGUUGUUGGCGCUGGUGGGCUUGGAUGUGAAAUUUUGAAAAAUUUGGCCUUAUCAGGAUUUCGAAAUAUUGAAGUUAUUGAUAUGGACACAAUUGACCUUUCAAAUCUCAACAGACAAUUUUUGUUUCGAGAACACGAUGUUGGUUUAUACAAAGCAGAAGUAGCUGCCGCAUUUGUUCGUAGACGUGUUAAAGGAUGCCGGCUUACUGCACAUAAUUGCAAAAUACAAGAUAAAGGACUUGACUUUUAUGGACAAUUUUCAGUUAUAAUUUGUGGACUAGAUUCUAUUGAUGCUCGAAGAUGGUUAAAUGCUACAGUGUGUUCUCUAGUCGAGUUUGACGAAGAAAACAAGCCACGGCCAGGCACAAUUAUUCCACUCAUUGACGGCGGGACUGAAGGUUUUAGUGGGAGUGCUCGUGUAAUUCUGCCUUAUCACACGCCUUGUAUUCAAUGUACAAUAAAUCUUUACACACCACAGGUUAAUUAUCCUCUAUGCACAAUUGCCCAUACUCCCAGAUUGCCUGAGCAUUGUGUCGAAUAUGUUAAAGUUGUUUUAUGGGAUAAAUGUAAACCUUUUGGUGAAGGCGUUUCAUUGGAUGCAGACAAUCCCCAACACGUUGAAUGGACUUUUAGAAAAGCACAACAACGUGCUAAUGAAUAUGAAAUUUUGGGUGUUGAUUUGCGUCUAACACAGGGAGUGUUGAAAAGAAUUAUUCCUGCUGUAGCCUCUACUAAUGCUGUUAUUGCUGGUUGUUGUGCACUCGAGGCGUUCAAAAUGGCUUCAAACGCUUCAAUUCCAAUGCAGAAUUACUUGAAUUUUGCAAAUGUUGAGGGAAUAUGUUUUAAUGUAGUACCUUUGGAAAGAGAUCCAGAUUGUUUUGUUUGUGGAACAAGUCAAACAUUAACAUACCAUAUAGGCGCAGAACAGACUCUUGGAGAAUUUAUUGAACAGUUGAGGAAUAAAUUUCAUUUACGAAAUCCAUCAGUUAAAACAAGCGAUUCUUUCCUUUAUGAAAUUAAUUCACUUAUUCCACAAAUGGAAGCUACAAGUAAAUCAAAUUUAGAAAAAACAUUGAAAGAAUUAAAUGUAAUAGAAGACUCUGAAUUAUUAAUAGCUGAUGGGUCUUUACUUAAACCAAUUGUUUUUCGAAUUAAAUAUCAACAACAACAAUUGGGUGGAUAA